UUUAUUGCGCUGAAGUGGUGUUAGCCGUCGAUUCCAUACAUUCAAUGGGUUUUGUUCACAGAGAUGUCAAACCAGACAAUAUGCUACUCGACAGAAGAGGUCACCUAAAACUGGCCGACUUCGGCACAUGUAUGCGUAUGGACUCCGACGGCUUCGUUAGAAGUGAUACAGCCGUCGGAACUCCUGAUUACAUAUCGCCCGAAGUGUUGAAAUCUCAAGGAGGAGAGGGUUGUUAUGGACGCGAAUGUGAUUACUGGUCUAUUGGAGUGUUUUUAUACGAAAUGCUUGUCGGAGACACUCCUUUCUACGCGGACUCAUUGGUCGGCACUUACGGUAAAAUUAUGGACCACAAGAAUUCUCUACACUUUCCCGAGGAUGUGGUCAUAUCGAAGGACGCGCGACAACUCAUCUGUUCAUUCCUUACCGAUCGAUCGCAACGAUUGGGUCGAAACGGUGUAAACGAUAUUAAAGGCCAUCCAUUCUUCAAAAACGAUUUGUGGACUUUUGAUAAUAUAAGAGAAUGCGCCCCUCCAGUUGUUCCCGAGUUGAUGAGCGACGACGACACCAGUAAUUUCGAUGACAUCGAAAAAGACGACACAACAGAAGAAAGUUUUCCCGUCCCGAAAGCGUUUGCCGGAAAC